GCCGGCACAUCCGGGCUCCUUCAAGCCUCGCGGGAACCAUGGAGCUCGGAAGGAGCGGCCUGGCGCCGUCUCUCCCGCCGUCCUUUCCGAGCCCCCGUCAUUAAGGUGGCGGCUGACGAAGAACUGGGUGGCCGAGAGGCCUACUUGGUUCCGCCGGCCGAGAGGCCUAUUUGGGAAGGACGAGUCUACCACAGGCGCAGGAGCUGAUGCGCAUGCGCUAGAAGCAGGAACUGGAGAAAUGGACCCUCAAGCAGCCAAGGCGGCCUCAAAUGGGAGGAAGAAGUUCACUGUGAAGACGCAGGAGGAAGAUACAGGCCAGGUGAAACCGCUCUUCAAAUCCUCUUCUGCAGCAAAAGCCUUGCUGGAUCCCGAGGGCCCCGUUGUGUCCACAGCUGCAUCCUACGCAGACUACAUUGUUGGGCAAGCAGGUACCUCCUCAGCUCCCCAGGUGAAGCAAGGGGCAUCUGUCACUACGACGGCAGCAGCAGCAGCAGCCACCAUCUCAGAGGUGUCCCCUCUGUGUGACGAAGAUAGGAGCGCAACAGAAGACAAAGGCCACCCCUUGGACCCAGCACCAAAGGCUGGAGCCAAGCACAAUAGCAUCAUUGUCAGCCCCCGUCAGAGAGGAAACCCCAUUCUGAAGUUUGUCCGCAACGUGCCUUGGGAGUUUGGCGAGAUUGUCCCGGAUUAUGUGCUGGGCCAAAGCACCUGUGCCCUCUUCCUGAGCCUCCGCUACCACAACCUGAACCCCAACUACAUCCACGAACGGCUCCGCAACCUGGGCAAGACUUACCUGCUGCAGGUGCUCCUGCUUCAAGUGGAUGUGAAAGACCCGCACCAGACACUCAAAGAGCUGGCAAAGAUCUGCAUCCUUGCAGAUUGCACCCUCAUCUUGGCCUGGAGUCCGGAGGAAGCUGGCCGCUACUUGGAAACGUACAAGGCCUAUGAGCAGAAGCCGGCUGACUUGCUGAAGGAGAAAGUGGACCAGGACUACCUCUCAAGAGUGACAGACUGCUUGACCAGCGUGAAAUCUGUGAACAAAACAGACACUCUCAGCCUGCUCUCCACCUUCGGAGCUCUGGCCAACAUCGCCCAUGCUUCCAAGGAGGACCUGUCCCUCUGCCCGGGGAUUGGGCCCCAAAAGGCUAAGAGGCUCUUUGACGUCCUGCACGAGCCAUUCCUGAAAGUUCCCAAGUGAUCGUAUGCGCAAAGAACAGGCGUGCGCAAGGCUUUGAUGGGCACUGCUCCCCCUGUCCCUCCCUACGCAAGAGUUUGCAUUUCUGCAGAGCCCUGCGGAAGCCCAGCGGAGCAACGCAGCCUCCUGGAAGAGAACGGAAGCCUUAAUUUACUAGUGACCAACAGGAUUUUCCUCCCCCCGCCCCCAAUAAAUAAAA